UGCAAAUGCUAUGUGAAUUCCUACGGAAUUGGGGACACCCUUCAAAUAUGAACGCAUAAGUUGCAGCUUGACCAGACCCGAAACUGUUGAAGACCCCAUCAUCGUCUUGAGGAACUGUGAGUCUGUGAUCAGAAUCCCAAACCCACGAUCGACGAUGUCGACAGCGGAGGUAGCGAAUGUUCUUACCGGGGCAGGAAGAGAGGACAGCUGCUCAGCGAAGCCUACAAAGCAAGGAGAAGGCCUCAAGCAGUACUACUCGCAGCACAUCCACGAUCUCCAGCUUCAAGUCCGCCAAAAGAGUCACAAUCUCAAUCGCCUUGAAGCCCAGCGCAACGAGCUCAAUUCUGAAGUGAGAAUGUUGAAGGAAGAGUUACAAUUGCUACAGGAGCCUGGAUCUUAUGUUGGUGAAGUUGUCAAAGUGAUGGGCAAAUCAAAGGUUUUAGUUAAAGUACACCCUGAAGGCAAAUAUGUGGUUGACAUUGAUAAGAACAUUGAUAUAACAAAGAUUACUCCCUCUACUAGGGUUGCUCUUCGCAAUGAUAGUUAUGUUCUCCAUCUGAUAUUGCCUAGCAAAGUGGAUCCAUUGGUCAAUCUUAUGAAAGUUGAAAAAGUUCCCGAUUCUACUUAUGACAUGAUUGGUGGUCUUGAUCAACAAAUCAAGGAGAUUAAGGAGGUUAUUGAGCUUCCUAUUAAACACCCUGAGUUGUUUGAGAGUCUCGGAAUUGCUCAACCAAAGGGAGUUCUGCUUUAUGGACCCCCAGGUACAGGGAAAACAUUAUUGGCAAGAGCUGUUGCACAUCAUACUGAUUGUACCUUCAUAAGGGUAUCUGGUUCUGAACUCGUGCAGAAAUAUAUUGGAGAAGGAUCUCGAAUGGUGAGAGAACUAUUUGUUAUGGCCAGAGAACAUGCCCCGUCUAUUAUAUUCAUGGAUGAAAUUGAUAGCAUUGGAUCUGCUAGAAUGGAAUCAGGAAGCGGCAAUGGUGAUAGUGAAGUGCAGCGCACUAUGCUGGAGCUUCUUAACCAACUCGAUGGAUUUGAGGCAUCAAACAAGAUCAAGGUAUUGAUGGCCACGAAUCGUAUAGAUAUUCUGGACCAAGCGCUGCUCAGACCAGGAAGAAUUGACCGAAAAAUUGAAUUUCCCAAUCCCAAUGAAGAGUCUCGCUGGGAUAUCUUGAAGAUUCAUUCAAGGAAAAUGAACUUGACGCGCGGGAUUGACUUAAAGAAGAUAGCAGAAAAGUUGAAUGGUGCUUCGGGGGCUGAACUUAAGGCUGUUUGUACUGAAGCUGGGAUGUUUGCUCUGAGGGAGAGAAGAGUCCACGUGACACAAGAAGAUUUUGAGAUGGCAGUUGCCAAGGUUAUGAAGAAGGAUACCGAGAAGAACAUGUCCUUGCGCAAGCUUUGGAAGUAAAUAUAUAUAUAUAUAUACACACACACACACACACACACACACACACUAAUAUAUACUACUACUAUUUACUACGCAGUAGUAUGUAUCAUGCCUCCACUAUUCUCAUCUUUAGUUCUUCGGAUAUUACUUUCCCUUUAGGCUAUGCAGUAAGAGUGUGAGCUUAUUCUGUUUUCUUGUAUCAAAACUUGUUUCGGAUUUGCCCAUUUUAGAUGCGUUUUUACAGAAUUUACACUGAUGGCGUAGUAUUAUCUUUGGAGUUUCUCGACUUCUCAACUAUUCAAGUUCACCGAAAACCAAGUUGUCAUCGGUCUAAUGUGUGGUUGAGGUUGGGGUUUAAAAGACAUUUUUGAGAAGUUCUCUGUGGAAUUUGGCUGUCAUAGGUCUGUUGUUUCAUGUUUACUUUUGGAUACUACUACCUAUGAAGUGCUUGCUGGUAAGGGUUUUAUUUUCUAGAAUCCACCCGUAGUAAUAAUACACUAAUACAGAGUAAAUCCCAAUUUCCAAAUAAG